AUGUCGAGUAAUGCUAUCCUACUCCUACUUCUCGCCACAAUCUACUAUUCCUUCUUCCUUUUCUCCCCGUCAAUCGACUUCCUGUUGCCUGCCAAUGCUGCUAGUACAAACGAAACUGACCGACUUGCGCUACUUGAAUUCAGAAAAGCCGUAACCAGCGACCCGAAUGGAGUUUUGCAGUCAUGGAAUGAUUCAGUCCAUUUCUGCAACUGGGUCGGCGUUUUCUGCAACGACAAGCAACGAGUCACAUCUCUAGCCAUGUCUCAGCAGGACCUGGUGGGCACUCUGUCUCCACACAUUGGCAACCUCACCUUCCUUCAGGCUAUCAGCCUGGAUAAGAACAGUUUCCAGGGUGAGAUCCCGGCGGAAAUUGGCAACCUGCUUCACCUCCAGCACCUAAAUAUCAGCAGGAAUUUCCUCACCGGAGAAAUUCCUGACAACCUGACCCGGUGCUCCGAGCUCAGGAUCAUUCAACUGCAGAUCAAUCACUUACAGGGGAGGAUUCCUUGGGAGAUUGGGUCACUGUCCAAGCUUGUGUCCAUAAGGAUUCAGCAGAAUAAUUUGACCGGGGAAAUUCCGCCUUCGGUUGGAAACCUGUCGAACCUGAUCGACUUCGGAGCUUCUUUUCUCAACUUGGUGGGAACAAUUCCGGAGAGUUUAGGCAACCUGCGCAGCUUGCAAAACAUCUCUCUCGCCAAUAACCAACUGACCGGUGCGAUUCCUCGAUCCUUCUUCAAUAGUACUUCAGUUGGAAUCAUCGCCAUUCCUUGGAAUCAUUUCACAGGUAGUUUGCCGGAGGAUAUAGGCUUCACGCUACCGAAUAUCAGGAAGUUCGCUAUUUCCAAGAACGAGUUUGUGGGGUCCAUCCCAGAAUCGUUCUGCAAUGUCACGGGGCUAGAGAUGUUGGACAUGAACAAGAAUGGUUUCACGGGACGGAUUCCCAAUUGUCUCGGGAAUUUGCCCAGAUUCAACUGGCUAUCGGUGGGAGACAAUCGUCUCGGCAAUUAUUCGUCAGCGGACUUGGAGUUCUUGACUGGGUUGCAGAACUGUACCCAACUGCAAUGGUUUGUCAUAAGUAUUAACAACUUUGGCGGCUCUUUACCUAGCUCCAUAGCUAACCUUUCAGCCCAGCUCACUACAAUUGCCCUUUCGCAGAAUCAGUUCACAGGACAGAUCCCUUCAGACUUGGAGAAAUUCGUCAACUUGAAUUACCUCGAUCUGUCUUAUAACUUCUUUCGAGGUAUCAUUCCCUCUUCCUUCGACAAGUUGCUGAAUUUGGAAAGCUUGCUCUUGUUAGUAAAUCAGCUAUCGGGACCAAUUCCAAUCACCAUUGGAAACCUGACUCAAUUGUCAGUGCUCGAUGUCUCAAACAACAGACUAGAAGGCAUUCUUCCCUCGGGUAUCAAAUCUUGUGUGCAAUUGAACUAUUUGGACGUUUCCUGGAAUUCUCUUGUCGGCAUUAUCCCUAGUGAAGUCUUCACUCUUCCUUCCUUGACUAAACUAUUGAACCUGUCGAGCAACAUGUUCAUCGGCAACCUGCCUCCAGAAAUCGGGAAGCUAGAAUCCCUGAACACCUUGGAUGUUUCUCAUAAUCUCCUGAUGGGGCCGAUUCCGAACACCAUCGGGAGUUGCAAGAAUUUGGAGUAUCUCUGCUUGCAAGGGAAUUCCUUCAAUGGUUCCAUCCCUCCUUCUUUAGCUUCCUUGAAAGGACUCCAACAUCUGGAUCUUUCGCUCAACAAAUUACAAAGCGAGAUUCCACAGGAUCUUCAGAACAUUAAAGUUCUCCAGUAUCUAAAUCUUUCCUUCAAUCACCUUGAAGGCCAAGUGCCAAAAGAAGGCAUCUUUUCCAAUGCAAGCGGGCUAUCCCUAGCAGGAAAUGGUAUGCUCUGUGGUGGUGUAGUGGAUCUACAUCUCCCAACAUGCCAAACCAGUAAGGGUAUUGAACAUCAUGGUACCAAAUCGCGUAGAAUUGCCUUGAUAUUUAUUGUUCCUUUUGUGGGUCUAUCAUUCCUUUCAUUGUUAGCAUAUCUAUUGAUCUUCAAGACGAGAAGGUCGAAGAAGCCGGCUGAAGAAUAUCCAAUAUUACCUAGUUUUAUCAGGGUGUCUUACAGAGACCUCUACACAGCAACUGAUGGGUUCUCGCCAAGUUGUUUAGUUGGGUCCGGCAGCUUUGGCGAUGUCUACAAAGGUCAGCUAAAUGACACAGAGGCACCAGUAGCUAUCAAAGUUCUGAAGCUAGAAAAAAGGAAGGCUUACAAGAGCUUGGCCGCAGAAUGCAAUGCACUGAGGAGCAUUAGGCACCGGAAUCUCGUCAAGGUUCUAUCCUUCUGUUCCAGUCUGGACAACGAUGGCGAUGAAUUCAGAGCUCUGGUCUUUGAGUACAUGCCCAAUGGGAACUUGGAGAACUGGUUGCACGCCACUGAUGGUCCCCGGAAUCUAACUCUGGUUCAAAGGCUCAAUAUUGCGAUAGAUGUAGCAUCCGCGCUACACUAUCUUCAUGACCUCUGCGAAACUCCAAUCGUUCAUUGUGAUUUGAAACCAAGCAAUGUGCUUCUCGAUGAAUCCAUGGCUGCUCAUCUGAGUGAUUUCGGCAUAGCAAGGAUCCUUUCGGUCGAGGAAGAUACCGCCUUAUCUAGCACAAUUGGCAUCAAAGGAACGAUCGGUUACACUCCACCAGAGUAUGGGAUGGGCAGCUUAGUGGCAAAAGAAGGCGAUGUCUUCAGCUUCGGAAUCCUCCUCCUGGAACUGUUUUCCGGCAAAAGACCCACCGACCAAAUGUUCGGAGACGGCCGGAAUCUACGAGAUUUUGUGUGUGCAGCGCUUCCGGAUACGAUAUCUGUGGUAUUGGACCCGAUGCUCUUCUCCGGUGGAGACAUAAUUGACUCGGCGGCGGAAAACGGCAGCGGCAAUGAGAUCACCGAAUCAGUCAUUCUCCACCACGGAGCGAGUAACUUGAGGGAGGAGAGACUCACGAGGUCGAGCCCAUACCGUAAUUGCAUGAUUUCGGUGGCUGAAAUCGGAAUAGCUUGCUCACGAGAGUCGUCGGCGGAGCGGAUGAAGACGGCGGACAUUUCACAGAAGCUGCAUUCCAUCAGGGAUGCUUUUCUGGCCAGCACCGCCCCUCGUCCACCCAGAGAAUCCCCAGGCCGGGCUUGA